AUGUAUCGGAAGUUGUCUAAGUUAGAACACUCGGAAAUAAAACAACUUCUUACAGAAGCUAACAUAGAAGUAGCAAAGCAUUACGCAACAAACAAAAAAGCACUCGCUGACAUCCUCAAUGACUAUAAUGGUGCAAUAAGUUAUGAUAGAAUUCAUGAGUUCAUAAAGCCGCAACGCGGCGAGGACGAAGUCCAUGCAAGAGCAUUUCCUUUAAAUGACGUUGCUAUUGACUUAUAUCAUAGACGUUCAGUACCUCAUGAAGUAAGAAGAGAAAUGUUUGACAUAACAAAUGCAAACGUUGGUCAUACUCGUAAAGCUCUUUCGCAUGAUGUUCGUCAAGAGAUGUUUGACAUAACAAAUGCAAACGUUGGUGAAACACGAAAGAGAGACGACACACUGAAACAACAGAGAAGAGAGAUGUUUAAGAGCGCUAUAGAACAAGUUCGCAAAGCUAACGAUGUCAUUCGUUCCAUUGACGACAAACCAAAAGAAGGUGAGAGAUGGUUAAAGAAAGAUGAAGAGAAUAGGAAGAGAAAUGUGAAGUCAGGCAAUAGACUCAUUGACUUUAACAUCGAAGCUUUAGAUGAACCAAACAGAGACUACUUACACAAACAUUUCGGUAAGGUUUUCAUGAGACUCUUAGAGAAGAUUAAAAUAAACUCACAACAGAGAUGGAUGGUAUGUUAUAAACUUGGUGGAAAGUAUGAAUGUUCUACGUUAAACCUCAAUAAUAUUGGAACAUUACUACAUCAGCUCUUGAAGGAGAACUUUAUAUCAGAGAUAGAAGCAAAUGCUGCAGGUAUUGUUGAAAUGCACUAUGACUUCUUCUUGACAAACAUAAAGAAUCUUACUGAAAUAAAGAU